CAGGUGAGUGAUGGCAGCACACACCUGCCUCUUAUUAACAGUCUGUCUAUUCCUGCUGGGCUCCGCCUUAAUAAACACAACAUAUGAUCUCUGCAGGAAUUCACCGAGAAAAUGAACUCAUUGGAGUAUUUGUUCGUGUUUUUCGUGCUGGUGCCUCACACCAUAUCUCUAGGGCGCUGCGACGAUAUUUCCUUCUCUAUAUGCUGGAUGAGCAGGGGGGACACUCUGGAAAGGAAAAAUGGAAACAUAUGGCUCAACGACACGUCAUUAAAAUCCAUCAGAAAGGUGGACAAAGUUACCUCCCUGACAGUGUUUCCGGUUGUAAAAAACAAGCUAACACUCCAGUAUGGAGGCUCUGUACAGACUUGGACUUUAACAAUCAGCCCACGUACAAAGUACAUUGAAGUCAGAGGCAGACAGAAACCCUCGCAACAUCCAGCAAACUCCACCAAGGGUCUCGUGGAGCUGUUGAGUCCCACUGAGGUGUUUGCGUGUGAAAAUGGCGCAUUAUUCUUCCACCAGGAUGAAGACUUCUUCCUCGCAGUUGGACACACUAAGCGUCUCCCUCUCAAACUGGAAUCCAGGAGUCCUUCCAUGUUGCUGGUCUCCUGGGUAGAGAAUCACCCAAAUAUUAUCCGCAGUCACACUGUGACGCUGUACCACAUUGAACUGGGCUCCUACAACACACUCAGUAUGGAUACUACCACCCAUAACCACUACCGCUUCUCUGCAUUGGACUCAUGUAGCUGCUAUGUGGCCUGUGUGGAGAUAGAGGAGACUCACUCCUUCACCUGCCUUGCUACUAUUACUGACCCUGACAUUCCUCAGGACUUUGAGGUCAUGUCAUGGAACAGCAGCAGCAUAUCGCUGGCCUGGGACUGCCCUAUGAACCGCAAGUACUCCUCCUUCCUCCUCACCACCUUCUACCUCAACGGUACCGACCACAUCACAGAGGAGGUCGCUGUGUGGCUCAAUGAGGGCAGCUUCGAGUUCACAUUAUCCGACAUGCCGCCCUGCACCAGGGUCAAGUUUGGCCUGCAGACUGUUUGCCAGGCAGGGAUGGAGUCCCGCUACAGCAAGAUGGUCCUGAAUGAUGGAAACUCGUUCCACUCCAGUAUCAAGACUUUGCAACAGACGUCCUUCGGCCCAGACAACUACACCCUGAGCUGGGAGGUGAGGAACACCUCGUCCAUCUCCACGUUCAGAGUUUACCAUGAGGGGGCGCUGCAGGGCACCACGCUGACCACCGACUACACAGUGGGAGGACUGCUACCCUGCCACAAGUACCAGGCCAAGGUGGAGGCGUUGUGUGGAUACGGUGUCCUCAUGGGUGCCAAGACAGCCACAGCACACACAGGACCUCGUGGUGUGUCUGAGCUCAGGUACCGCGCUAAUGACUCCACCGUCAUGUGGACACCCAGCAACCCUGAGCGGUCAGCCGUGGCCUUUUUAUACGAGCUGUCCCUGGAUGACGGCUCAACUAUCCAAAGCAGCCGAGUGACCAGUUCAGAGCUGCGCCUCCCAGGACUAGAGGAGGGGAUGACCUACAUCUUAGACGUGUGGGAGGAGUGCAAUGGCCAGUGGGAGUCUGAACACUCUCAUUUGUAUUUUAAAGGAGCAAAUUCAUCCACCGGGUUUGACGUGAGAACUCACCGAAAUGCUCACGAUCCAGAGUUGGAAAGCAUUGGUCUCACAAUGAUCGUGCCCUGGUCACUGCCUGCCGCUCUACAGGACGAUGUGUCAGAACCCAGAGCCAAGAUGGAGCAGAUCUUCAAAGAUAAGAUGCAGGAGCUGUUGAAAGAUUUCGAUCAGCCAGUCCGCAUCGAGCUGGAAACCUUUCAACCCGCAGACAAGCCAGACAAAACAGAGGUUCUGUUUAUGUCUUUUGAUGCCUCCAAUGCUGAAGAAGAUGUGGCCCUGUCUAUUGAGGAUCAGCUUAGGUACAUUAGGUCCCUGAAUUACAAAAACAUCACAGUUAGAGACGGGGUCAUUUACUGGGACGGUCCAGACCUGUGUGCUUCCAAGCAAACUGUGUGUCCCCGUAAUUCUCUGUGCAUCAACACUCUGGGCUCCUAUUCUUGUGUUUGCCAUCAUGGUUUCUAUGAUGUGAGCUCUGUCAUGGAGCCUCCUGCUGCCUCACAUCCUGUCUGCAAAGAGAAAGGCCUGUUCAGCCAGUGUUUGGAUAAACUGAUGACGGGUGGAAUAGCAAAGCCCUACCUUUCUUCUUACGUCGGUGGAAAGGUUGAUUUGAAGCUGAAUGAUGGCCGGUGUACCGUGAACGAGAAUGACAUGAUGUACUACUUCCGUACAUCACGAAAGGCCUUUGAAUGUGGAACAGAGAAGCAGGUCAACAAAACUCACAUCAAGUUCCAAAACACUCUUACCGUCACCUUAAGCAAAGAGCAGACCAUCAGCCGACGGGACCUAAAAGUUGUCUGGAAGUGUGUCUACCCACGACAUUAUGUCCGCAAUGCCCAAGUCAGUGUGGAUAUGGAGUGGCUCUCCUCCAUUACCAUGGUGGAGGUCAACUCUUCACUACAGCUGGGCCUGAUCAUGAGCCUGUAUAAGGAUCAGUUUUACACCUACAGCUACAGAGAGGCCAUAACUCUGGGGUUUGAGGACAUCCUGUUCUUCCAGGUUGCCCUACAGACCAACACCUCUUUUGUCUCCGACAUGCUCCUACAUGUGGACUCCUGCUGGGCCACUGAAAGCACCGACCCACAGGAUACCGUCAAGGGCGAUCUUCUUCAGGACGGCUGUCCUGUUGACAACACAUUCCACUGGCACUCUGUUAAUGGCAUGGCACAGACAAGCAGGUUUUCCAUUGAGAUGUUCAACAUGCCAAAGGAGUUACCCCUCUACUUUCACUGCCUGAUCAACCUAUGUGGACACAAUGAAGACUGCACUAAGAACUGCACCAAUCUGCAUCGCACCAAGCGGUCAGAGAGCCAGAUGGACAGAAAAGAGAAACAAGCUGCUGUUGUGUCUGCCGGGCCUCUGGUGGUCAACACCAGGGUGAAGUCAAUCCGGCCAUCUUACUGGGCAGAGCACAUGACAAUGAUCUUCAUUGUGGCCAGUACAAUAGGCUUUUUGGGAGUAACUGUGCUCUCAGUGAGUGCAGCCAAAGCAAUCAUGGCAUACUAUGAACAGCUACGGCUGAAAUAAAGUGUUUGGAACAUCA